GACCAUAGGUGGCGGUAUAAACCAACAGUAUGUUAUACGUCAUACAAACUACUGAAGAAGAAGAGCGUCAAACGACCCGGUGGUGUGGGAAAGACGUACACGAUUUCAGGUACAUUAUGGACUCAUCUCUGCUUUCUGUUGCUGAGCAGCUUCUGAAAGACCUUCAGAGAACUUGCUCUGAGACAAACCAGAUACCAGAUGACCUACUAAUAGCAUUGCGAUUUGUGUUUGGCCCUUGUGCUCUUCAGGCGUUGGACCUGGUGGACCAACGCUCUGUCACAUGUGUGUCAUCUCCCAGCAGUCGAAAGGCUUUUCAGGUAUUAGGUGGAUCAGGACAUAUGUACAUGUGCUUCACAUCCUGUCACUACUGCCCAUGCCCCGCCUUCUCUUUCACUGUGCUCAGGAGAAACGAGAGUCUGACGAUUUGAGAAUUAUAGUGACCAGAUAUUGGCACACAUUGGACUGCAUGCAUAUGAUACUGAGAUCACUGACUGGAUACAGGAAAGUGUUUUUUUUUCCCUUUCUUUUUUUUCUCCAGUGAAGAAACACCAAAUGCCAGGUAAGUGAUGUUCACAUAUAUCUUUGAACAGGAUUUAUUUCCAGGUAUAACUGUGUACUCAAAAUGUGUCUUUGACUCUCAUUCAUAUAGUUAACUAUAUUUUAAAUAAACAAACAAAAAAAUUCUAUAUUUCUUUUGUCAUUGCAUUCUUUUUUAGUUCACCCAGUCACAUUCCUGACUGAAUGGCUCAUUAUGCGGCUCAUUAGGGGCAGGGUCUUAAUCUCCUCAGGUGUGAAUCAUAACAUUAUUCAUGAAGAGUCACGCCUCUUUGCAUAUAACCUGUCUAAACAAAAAGUGUCUUAGAAAUUUAAAAUCAAUACAUUGUUUUAUGCGUCCGAGUAGGCAGAAUGAUUUUUACAUCAUUGUGAAGCAAAAACUCUAGGCUAAAAUAUACAGUUCCCAAAAGUCUUGUGAAAAAAAAUGUUUAGUAUGUGUUUUGAGGCCUUAUUUCAAUGACUUUUUUCAUAUACGUAAUUCUCUCAAAAAUAAAAACAUGUACAUACGCUCACAUAUUAUUGUAGCCUAGUUUCUGCUGAAUACAGUGUAAUGAGACUUUUGUCAUAAAUAUGUUUAUAAGCAACUGAAAAAAGCACAAAUGUCAGGGCAUGUCAAAACUACUCCAGACCCCAAAUCAGUCUCAGACCCCAGAGGGUUAAGUACAAAUUUUCAGUACUCUUUCCACCACUGUGAAAGACUAAUCUCAUACUACCCUGCUGAAAAAUCCAGAAUCUCUGGUCACCAGCAUUAGGUAUGUUUUGCAAGCUCGGUUUAUUCAGGGAUUUUUUUUUAGAAAAAUAUUUAAAUUAAAAAAACAAAGAGAGGCUUAAAAUAAUCUUUGUGAAAAUACUGACACCACAAGAUGCCCUCUACUGAUAGACGAUUUAUAUAAUAACAUUCCCAUUUGUGAGGACAAUUUGUGAACCAACAUUUCCAAUGGAGUGUUCCCACAAUGUUUGUUGUAAUUAUUCUUGGCAGAAUAAUUUAACCAGACUUACUGGUUGCACGAAGGAGGUACUUCUGGGGAUUUCACAAUUAGAAGACCCACAAAACUGUUUACUCUUUUAAAAAUUAGUUGAUAAAUAUACUUGGUUCUUUAACUUUAUAAUAGCUUUAUAACUUCUUUUUUAUUAUAUUUUUGUUAGGAUAUUACAAUGUUUAUAUACACUACCAUUAAUGUUUUUGUAAGAAGUCUGUUUUGCUCACCAAAGCUGUAAUUGUUUGAUCAAAAAUACAGUAAAAACAGUAAUAUUGUGAAUUUGUUUUUUACAAUUUGAAAUAUAUAUUUUCUAUUUUAAUGUAUUUUAAAAAUCCAAUUUAAAGGUGAAUUUUUAGCAGCCAUUACUCUGGUCUUCAAGGUCACAUGAUCCUUCUGAAAUCAUUCUAAUAUGCUGAUUUGGUGCUCAUGAAACAUUUCUCAUUGUUAUCAAUGUUGCAAACUUUUUUUUGGAAACCAUGAUACAUUUUUGUCAGGAUUUGAUGAACAGAACAGAGUUUAUUUGGAAUAGAUUUUUUUUUUUUUAACGUAAAAGGCUAUCACUUUUGAUCAAUUUAAUGAUGAAUUAAUUUCCUUGCUGAAUAAAAGUAUAAAUUUUCUUUAAAAAAUAAUAAUAACAAGUACAUACUGAUAACAAUUUUAAAUACAUACUGUAUAUAGGUUGCAAUAUAAAGUAUAUAAAAAAUAUGGUGACAUAAACUUGGCACAAAUGGCAGAAAGAACCAUUUGACUCUAUACUCCUGAAAUUUAAACUUCAAGAAAAAUCAUUUAAAGUGCAUGAAACGGUCCUGUUUUAUCACUGGCCAUUCACACCUCAGAUCUGAAAAAGAGUCAAGACAUGUGCAUGUAAAGCUGUGGAAAAGUGGGAGUGUAGUGGGUGAGAAGAGAAAAGACAACAACCAAUAAAUCAGACCUACAACACAUCAUACAGACAAAUGAAUAUAAAAUAUGAGUCAAGAAAAACAAACAAACAAACAACAGAGCUGAGGGCACCUUGAUGUAUUUUUAAAUAUAUAACCCUAAACAAAGCUCACCGGUAGAAUAAGCACAACACCCAAACCGGACACCUAAUAUGCCAUAGAGAUAGCACCUGUCACCCAAUAAGACCUCAUCCUCAGCAGUCUGGUCCUGGGCAAAUCAUGAGCCAAUGCGUCCACUCCCAGAGGCAAUGGAGGAGAUAGAGAGAACCAGAGAAGACAAUGGCUACAUUUACAUGCACCCAAAUAAUCCAUAUUGACGGCUCAAUCGGAUUGAAAAACGUUCAUGUAAACACCUUAAUUGAUCCGAUUGAGCUCGAUCCGAAUAAAAUUUUGAUCGGAUUGGAAGGGGUGGUUUAUUCCUUUUCUAAUCCGAUCCAACAGCAAAAAAUGACAAUGUGAACACUUGAAUCCGACUACUUUCUCAAUUGUAUUCAGAAGUCUUUGGGGCACAUGUGCAGUGCAAUGUUGACACGCAUUACGCAGUGCGCAAGUUCAUGUCCAUGUCUUUAGUUGUAAAGAUUUAAGGGCCAUUCACAUAUCGUGUCUAAAAACGUGUGGAAAGCGCGUUUUUAGACACGCUUUCUCCUCCUUUCUACAAGAGCUUGCACUCCCAUGGCAUCUGUCAUUGCUAUGCAACCAUGAACUGCGCUCUCUACGAUGACGAGGAAAUAUCAGCAAAGAAUUAUUUGAUUUCUAGCCCUUGCAUUAGCUUUACUACUAGAUAUAUUUAUGGAGAUGAGAAAUAAAAACCCACCCUGUACAGCUAUGACCAGCUGUUCGUCUGAGCUUUCGGUGUUGUUACGGAAAGGCCGAAGCUGAUCAGUUGGUUCUUGUCACAUGACCUGUGGUGCGUAUGUGGCAUUCUAAAAAGUUUAGAUGUUCGAUGCGUUCCAAAUGGGAUAUAUCGCCCUUCGGAGUGAAAACAAUCAUGGCCGCCAUAUUGAAGGGUCGUUCCAAACCGAAGUGCUCAAAACUGGCCACUCCAAAGGGCCCUUCGGGAUGAAGGUUUUUGAAGGGUACAACUGAUGGACACUCCAGGCCCCCAUGAUCCUUUGCACAGGGAAGUUGUUGGACGUCACAGAAUAGGUACAGGAGGCUCGAAGUUCGAUUUUACCUAUAAAUGUAUGUAUAGUAUUUUUCUAUACUACUGUAAUAUUUAUACGAGUUAGAUUUGGUACAUUAUUAUGGUCAAAAUGACGUUGUACUUGAACAAAAAUACUUUACAGCUACCUUUAUCAGUCCAUUCAAAUGUUUCAAAUACAUAGACACAUAUACACUGGCAGUAGCUUAUAAUGUUACUACAGUAAAAUAAUGCGUAUUAAUACAAAGAGUACACCAGGGGGAAAAAGACGGAGACAUCUCCUUGAUUGUCUUGUUAAGAUGACGCAGAAGUGCGUUUCAAAAAAAAAAAAAAAAAAAAAAAAAAAAAAUUUUUUUACCC